AUGGUGGACCAUCUUGCAAACACCAAAACCAACAGCCAGCGCAUUGCUGCUGUGGAAAACUGCUUUGGGGCUUCUGCAUUAGCCAUGCCAGGAAGGGUCCUUUUAGGAGAAGGGAUUUUAACCAAAGAAUGCCGCAAGAAACCAAAGCCUUGCAUAUUCUUCCUUUUCAACGACAUCCUUGUCUACGGCAGCAUAGUCAUCAACAAAAGGAAGUACAAUUCCCAGCACAUCAUUCCCCUUGAAGAUGUCACUUUGGAGACGCUGCCAGACACCUUGUAGAUGAAGAACCGCUGGAUGAUUAAAAACUCCAAGAAGUCCUUUGUGGUUUCCGCGGCCUCCCUGACAGAGAGGAAGGAGUGGAUCAGCCAUCUGGAGGAGUGCAUUGGGCACCUGCUGACGAAGACGGGCCGGCAGACCCCCGCGGAGCCCAAAGCACCCCGGAUCGACAAGGCGACGGACAUCUGCAUGCGCUGCACGCAGACCAAGUUCUCCACGCUGACCCGAAGGCACCACUGCCGCAAGUGCGGCUUUGUCGUCUGCGCAGACUGCUCCCGGCAGAGGUUCCUGAUGCCCCGGCUGUCCCCCAAGCCCCUGCGGGUCUCCAACCUGUGCUACAGGCAGCUGCUGAAGCAUUUGCUCUUGCACUCCAUCUUUCCCAAGCCCAGCUCUUGA